ACGUGAUAAAAUAGAGGUCAAUGAUUGGUUUGUACUUCAGUUUCUCGGUGGGUGAACGUCUUAACAGGGCAUUCAAGGAGUACUGUCGCUGAAAUAACGAUGCUUUUUAAAAAGGUUUUGAGGGCAGGUGUACAGACUGGAUUCAGGUUUCAGAGCACUAGUUCCAAGGCAGCUACUGCCACCACAAAGGCACCUCAUGGAGGGUUCAGCUUUGAAUUAACUGACCAGCAGAAAGAGUUCCAAGUGUUGGCCAGAAAGUUUGCACGGGAGGAGAUUGUCCCAGCUGCUCCAUCAUAUGACAGAAGUGGUGAAUAUCCAUUCCCUAUCAUUAAGAGAGCAUGGGAGCUGGGUUUAAUGAAUGGACAUAUUCCAGAGGACUGUGGUGGAAUGGGUCUGGGCAUAUUUGAUGCAUGCCUUAUCACAGAGGAGCUGGCAUAUGGCUGCACUGGAGUACAGACAGCCAUUGAGGCGAACUCUCUUGGACAAAUGCCAGUAAUUAUUGCUGGUAAUGAUGCUCAGAAGAAGAAGUAUUUGGGCAGAAUGACAGAGGAACCACUAAUGUGUGCAUACUGUGUGACCGAGCCAGGGGCAGGCUCUGAUGUGGCUGCGAUUAAGACCCAGGCUGUUAAGAAAGGAGAUGAGUAUGUGAUCAAUGGUCAGAAAAUGUGGAUCACCAAUGGGGGAAAAGCAAACUGGUACUUCCUGCUGGCCCGUACAGAAUCUGAUCCCAAAUGCCCUACUAGCAAGGCUUUUACAGGCUUUAUUGUUGAUGCUGACACCCCAGGAGUCCAACCAGGCAGAAAGGAACUGAACAUGGGCCAGAGAUGCUCAGACACCAGGGGCAUCACAUUCGAGGAUGUAAGAAUUCCAAAGGAGAAUGUUUUGAUUGGAGAGGGAGCUGGCUUUAAGAUUGCCAUGGGUGCAUUUGACAAGACCAGACCACCAGUGGCUGCAGGUGCCACAGGACUUGCACAGAGAGCUCUAGAUGAGGCCACCAAGUAUGCUUUGGAGAGAAAGACUUUUGGCAGACUGAUUGCAGAGCACCAGGCCGUGUCUUUCCUGCUUGCAGAAAUGGCCAUGAAAGUAGAGCUUGCCAGGAUGGCAUAUCAGAGAUCAGCCUGGGAAAUAGAUGAGGGCCGCAGGAACACCUACUACGCUUCUAUUGCCAAGGCCUUUGCUGGAGACAUUGCAAACCAGUGUGCCACUGACGCCGUCCAGAUCUUUGGUGGAAACGGUUUUAACAGUGAAUAUCCGGUGGAGAAGCUGAUGAGAGAUGCCAAGAUUUACCAGAUUUAUGAAGGAACUGCGCAAAUCCAAAGGCUAAUUAUCUCAAGAGAGCACUUUGGAAGAUUCAAGCAGUGAACACGUAAACCCAGAACAUCUGUGCCAGGAUCUAAUAAUUUUGUUUAGAGAUAUUUGUAUUUGAUCAAUGGAUCUCAGGAUUAUUACUCUCAGAUUGUUGGUUGACUCCACAAAGCUCCAGUUGCCUUAUGUCAUAUUAGCAUGCCUUGCCAUCUUUGUAUAUAUAGCAUUGAACAAUUAUUAUUGAUGAUGUUUAGAUGAACAAAGUAAUGAUACACAUCUCUUCCACGAUGUUUUUUUCUGUAACUGAUGUACAUCCUCAAAAUACAAAUAAAUAACCUGCUUUGAAAGAA